AUGGGACACGGGACACAGGACACGGGGACGCAGGACAGGCGGGACACGGGGACGCGGGACACAGGACAGGCGGGACGCGGGACUCAGGACACGGGGACACAGGACACAGGACGCGGGACACGGGGACACGGGACGCGGGACUCAGGACACGGGGACACAGGACACAGGACACAGGACAGGCGGGACACGGGGACGCGGGACACAGGACAGGCGGGACGCGGGACUCAGGACACGGGGACACAGGACACAGGACGCGGGACUCAGGACACGGGGACACGGGACACAGGACACAGGACAGGCGGGACACGGGGACGCGGGACACAGGACAGGCGGGACGCGGGACUCAGGACACGGGGACACAGGACACAGGACGCGGGACUCAGGACACGGGGACACGGGACACAGGACACAGGGCAGGUCGGCGGCUGCCUGCGGAACUCUUCACCCAGGCCGCGUUUCCCGCCGGAGCGCUGA